UUAUUAAAAAGAUGAACAGGUAAUAUUUAAAAAACAGAAAUAAUGGGUUGCCUCUAAUCGUACUUCAAACAAGAGAUAGUAUAAUAGUACCCAUUGUUAUAAAAAGGUAACAGGAGCUGACUACAGAUACCAAAACACUUAAACAAGGUACCUGAAGAGUACAAUAUAUUUUUAACAGUGUUUUCCUACCAGAAUGACUUCUAAUCUGCAAGUUUCCAGUGUUCCAUUUACCAUGUGUAUUUGUCUAGUAAGCCUGCAAUCUGUACACUAUUACCAAAACCAAAUGCAGUAAAAUAAGUUUUGCUUGAUGGCUUGCAAUCAUGUAUGAAAGGGCAGCAGCUCCUUUUUACAAGCAAUUCUAAAGCACUGUCCAUUUGCCAUCUUUGCUGUUCAAAUACCUUGUGUACAGCAGCUCAGCUGCUGCAGGGUCAUAUUCAGAUAUUCAUUCAGAUAGCUCUAAUUUUAAAUGCAAGCUUUUUUUGUCUGCUGAUUUUUUUUCCUUUCCCCCCUGUACUUCUCCUCCCCCCCUUUCCUCCUUGUUACAGACGGUCGGUUACUGCUUGGCUACGAAGCUCCCAGUUACUCAUUUCCACGAGAGAACAGGCAGACAAAAGGUGACAGAAGAUAACCAUCAUGGCAUCAGCAAGCCUGCAGUUCUUUGCUUUUAUUCUGGCUUUGUUUGGUGUUUUUGGAGAUAUCGCAGCCACCUUGCUACCAAACUGGAAGGUAAAUGCAGACGUUGGCUCAAAUAUCAUAACAGCUAUAACACAGAUGCAAGGACUUUGGAUGGACUGCACAUGGUACAGCACUGGGAUGUUCAGCUGUACCCUGAAAUACUCCAUUCUCUCUCUCCCCGUCUACAUCCAGGCUGCACGGACCACCAUGGUACUGUCAUGUAUCCUAUCAGCCUUUGGGAUCUGCAUCACUACAGUCGGAAUGAAAUGCACAAGGCUGGGAGGGGACACCGACAGCAAAAAUAAUGCUUGCUUUGUUGGAGGAAUCUGCUUCAUUCUUGCAGGAAUCUUUGGAUUAGUACCAACAUGCUGGUACACGAGAGAAAUUAUUUCAAAUUUCCUGGACCAGACCAUUCCAGAGAGUAGCAAACACGAACCGGGAGCAGCAGUUUAUACUGGAUUCAUCUCAGCAGGGUUUCUGCUUAUCGCAGGUGUGAUCUUCUGCUCUUCCUGUUUUAAAAGGCAGCAAGGAGCAUGGAUUUACCCUCCAAAGCAGCACCACUUCCCAUCCACAGAGCAGGAGAGCAAUGCAGGUUACAGCCUGAAAGACUAUGUAUAA